ACAGAGCCAAGUAUCCUUCCUUCAUUCGCCCAAGCGACCCCGCCACCGCCUCCUCUCCCUUUUCGCUUCCACCACGAUGGAGCAAGGCGCAUUCAACGACGUGGCGAAGAAGGGACUAGAGUUCCGUAACCGCUACUACAAGAUGCUGGACGACCCGCAGGAGCGGUCCAACGUGGCCUCCCUCUACGCGCCCGACGUGCCGAUGGUGUGCGAGUGGAACGGGCACCCUCUCUCCACCGUCGAUGACGUCCGCACCUACCUCGCCUCCCUCCCCAAGACGAGCCACCAGAUUGACAUGGUCGACGCCCAGCCGCUGCCGGACAACGAGGGCGGCGACUCCUUUCUGCUGACGGUGCACGGCACGGUUAUCUACAGCGAUGAGCACCGCCGCGAGUUCUACCAGCGCAUGGUGAUCCGCCGCUUCGACCAGCGGUACUAUAUUCUCAACGACUACUACCGGUGGCUCAGCGAGCGCGCGCAGUAA